AUGGCCCCAGAAGCGGUGGACAUUGCCUUAAAGGUCAGGGAAGUUGUUCCAAUAGUGGCGGUGAUCGCCGCAAGGGUCGCCCCUGAAGUGCAAGUAGAAGUGGCUGGGCGGCUGGAGGGAGAAGAAGGCCCAGCCAGGGCGGGGGCAGACCGCCUUGUUGGAAUUGUAGAAGAGGCAGCCUUGCGCUCAGCAGCCAGAUUCAAUGAGGCUGAACAGCUAAGGGGUUUAUGCUCCGCUCAAAUGGAGGUGACCACCUUAGCAGGGACUCUGCUGAGGAAGGCGGGGGCUGCCAAACUCAAGGCAGAGGAGGCUAAGACGCAACUUGCCAAGUUGAAUAAGAAGAGUGCAAGUUGGAAGAGUGCCCACUCUAAUUUGCAAGCGGUCAAGAUGGAGUUGGAGGACACACGCCGCCAGAAGGAACUGGAGGGAGAGCGUGCAAAGGCACUGGAAGAGAGGGAGAGCCUUCAGAAGGAGUUGGAGGCAGAGAGUGACAAGGCGACUGCUGAGAGGGAGACCUUGAAGAAGGAGUUGGAGGCAGAGAGGGCUAAGGCAGCCUUUGAAGCGGCGACCCUGCAGAAAGAGCUGGACGAAGAGAGGGCGAAGGCAGCCUCUGAAAGGGCGGCUUACCCCAAUCUGUAUGUGGCAGCGGUGGAUCAAUUCAAGGGGUCUGCUAAGUUUCAGCUGAAAUGA